AUUAACCCAUGAGCAUAAUUGAAGAGUUAAACAAUUAACCCAUGAUGCCGUCAGUUGGGAACAAAAUUAACGAGAACAAGAAUGGCAGAAGAUCUACAGAAAGCAGAAGAGAAUGGCGGCGGCCGCCUACGAUUACGAGAACGAUCCGAGAUGGGCAGAUUAUUGGUCCGAUAUAUUGAUUCCUCCUCACAUGGCAUCUCGCUCCGAUGUUGUCGAUCAUUUCAAGCGCAAGUUCUACCAGCGCUAUAUCGAUCCUGAUCUUGCUGUAGAGGCUAUGUCAUCAGGGUCGCCAUCCCGAUCAUCAAAACCAUCUGCUUCAUCGUCAACCUCAUCAGCAGCAAAUGACGGAUCUCGGACACGCAAUGCAUGCUCAACCUCUAGAAGUUCAAGGGCAUCAGCAACAGCUUCUAUGCGUUGGGAUCAACGAACAAUACAAUUUUCUGUCAAUGCUUGGGUAUACUACCUACCCCCACCCCUUUCUUUCUCCCACAUUUGCAUAUUAGAAAGAAGACAAAUAAUAAAGCUACAAGCUACAAGCUACAAGGAAGCAACUAAUAGCAGCAAUCUAAAGCUCGGAGGUUCAAAAUUUCCUGCAAAGACCAUGGGUAUUCUUAAAACGUUGAGCCACAGUUGGUUGGGAAGACACUAUGGUACAUUGGCAUCAGCUCUCAUGGGAGUGAUUGUGUUGGCGUUGGCAGCAAUUGUAAUUUGGAGUUCGAUUAAAGAAGACAAAGCACGAGCGUCGCCACCGCCACCACAGGAUACCCCAGAAGAACAAGAAGAAGAAAAGCCAAUGGCUGAACCAAAAGAAGCAAAAGAAGAAGGAACAAUGGCUGAACCAUAG